AUGUCUCUCCCUGACCUUGCCACGAACCCCGACGCCGUUCUUGGCGACGACGUCGCCUGGCGCUUCAAGCGCGCCCCGGACUACUCCAAGACUCGCAAGUACUUUGAGGAGAGGUAUCAGCUGGAAUGUCAGCUGGCUGCGCGGUGCCGAACUGAGGCGAAGGCGCGGGAGGGCGGCGGCGUCCUCCGAGGCUGUGUGCCGCCCCUAUUCGAACAUGGAGUUAACUCCGCAGCCAAGACGCAGAAUCACGAGCCCGGGUCGCUGCCGUCGAUCGUUGAAAACCUCGUGAAGAACUGGGAAAUUGAGGCGUCCUACAAGACCAACCUGAAGGAAUGGCGCACGAUCGACCCCGACAACUACACCUUUUCCGUGAACGGUGGCCCCAACAUUCCUGGCGAGAAGAUGAUCCAGAUCGGCACCUACAACGCCCUCCUGACCGACUCCAACUUCUACUCGCCCGAGCACAACGACUUUACCGAUUCGCACAAGGUGUUCAAGCGCAUGAUGCCCGUCUUCGCCUGGGAGGUUCUUGAGGUCUACUCCGGACCGCCCACCGUUGCCUUCCGCUGGAGGCACUGGGGUGAGAUGAAGAACGACUACGUUGGCAUGAACCGCAAUGGCCAGCGCGUCCGCGUCAAGGCUCACGGCGAGACCCUCAGCAUUGAGGGCAUGCUUGUUGCCAAGGUCAACGACAAGCUCCAAAUUCAGCACAUCGACUGCUGGAUGGACCCUCUCGCCCUCUUCGAUGAGGUCACCAAGAAUGGUGCCGAGAUCAUCGUCGAGAACACGCCGGAGUCUGAGAACGCCCCGAAGUGCCCCUUCGCUAGCGCCCGCAUGUAA